UAUGGCGGUGAUCAGGACACUGGUAUGGAGUAUGGAGGUGAUCAGGAUGCUGGUAUGGCAUGUGGGGGGAUCAGGACACUGGUAUGGGGUAUGACAGUGAUCAGAACGCUGGAAUGGGUAUGACAGUGAUCAGGUCGCUGGUAUGGCAUAUUUGGUGAUCAGAACACUGGUAUGGGGUAUGGCGUGAUCAGGAUGCCCUUUAUGGGGUAUGGUGGUGAUCUGGGCAUUGGAGUAGUGUAUGGCAGUGAUCAGGGUGCUUGUAUGGUGUAUGGAGGUGAUCAGGGUGCUGGUAUG